UCGUUCCUUGACAAGUUGAUAGUAAUUAUACCGAACAACUGGAAGAAAGGUGAGGUUCGUUGGCAGAAGAAGUCGUCUCAGUGGACGAGUGGCAGAGUAAUAACAGCUCGUUGGAUGGAGUGAUGAGCGGGGCCCCUGCACGGGGCAUAGCGCCCCGUCGUCAAAGACGUCAUCAUCAUCACCAUCAUCACCACCACCACCACCAUCAGAAACACCAAAAGCAGCAGCUCAGAGACGAAGAGCGGAGGGCCUCGCAGAGGGAACAGAGGAUCGUCGAGGUGCGAUGCGAGGAUUACGACAAGAGGAAUCGUAUCAAGCUGACGAAGACGGCGCAGGGAUGGCGUUCGAUACCGAGGACAGCCUCGAACAUGUACUCGACGAGCUUGGGGGUCACCUCCCAAAAGACGAGCUGCACCGACACAUCGAACACCACCGACAGGAGCGACGAGAAGGAGAUCGGGAAGGAAGCGACGAUGAAUCUUCAACAUAUCUCUACGAAAGAGUUGACAAAUGGACGGACCAAUGGUUUGGUCACCAAGGACGGUGUUGGAACGAAGAGGAGUUACGAUGAGAUUAAUCGAACUACCGAGCAUCGACGGGAUUACGGGUAUCCGUUGGACAAUUUGAGAAAUAACGCGAGAACAAAAGCGACUUGGGACGAAGAACGACGAAGGGUGCCGUGUUCAGACGACGACGAUGAGGAGGGUGAUGACGACGACGAGGAGGAUGAGGACGAUGACGACGAAGAAGACGACGACGACGAAGGGGCGGAAGAGGAGAAUAGAUUCGAGAAAGAGCUGGCUAGGGGCAACGGGAGAAGUAAGCUCGAAAGGCUGCAGAAGGACAAGUUACUGCAGCCGCGAGUGGUGCUGGAACAGCUACACUUUUCUCAAUUGCCCGAGGGCGUUCAUCAGAAUGUCCUUCAGAGUCAAGGAAACGACAAGAAGGGGCAAAACGAGGAUGAUGUUAUUGCCGUUGAGAAGAAGGCGGCGGUAGAUUGCGAAAAAAGACGACACAUUAACAAGGCGGACAUUCAAGACAUACUGAAUAUGAUAGAUGCGACCGCUUCGCCAGUUCUAGCUACUGAUACCCCUAGCGCCGAUCUGCCUGUCGACUCCACGAAAACAUACGAGAUACUCGGCGAGAAUCUUCAUGGUAAAUCCUCCGACGGAAAGAUCAGAGAUUCGAAUUCUAGAUUACUGGAAUUAUCGAGCAAAAUGACCGAACAGUCGAUGAGAAGCUCGAUGUCCAGCUAUCAGCGCGAAGACACCGAUAAAAUCCGUGAUGAUCCUGUCGAUGAUAGAAUCGAGAUACACGACGAGAAAAUUCCGAACCAUGGUGUCCAGAGCGACAGAGAGAAGAAGCCUCGAAUCAGAAACGAUGUGACCAUCGUUCCCAAAAAGAAUAACUCCGAUUCGAAGUUGUGCAAAGUCGCGGAGGCAGACGGUGGUCUUGGAAAUCGUGCGAAGUGCAAAUCGAACACUCGUACAAAAUACCAGAAUAUGGUAACGACGUACGACGACACGCAGUUAGAAACUGAGGACGAGCGACCAGACGAGCCCGGUGAACCAAUCAAAAUAGACUAUAACGAUAGUUCAAAAAUUCUAAACGCACUCAGGAAUACUCCGGGUCUUUCGGUUUCUAUAACGAGAAACCACACGCCGGAAAGUACGAAGAACAACGCGACAAACUUGACCAGACCAUCGUCGAAAGCUUCCUCGUCGAGCCGAUCACCGGACUCCCAGGCGGAAUCUGCGGAGAGGAUGCUGAAAAGCGCAGAUUCCGCGACAGAGAGGCAUAGAACGUCGUCCCCACCGAAGAAUUUUCCUGGCCUGUCCAUCAUCAUACCGAGCUAUCGAUAUAGAAAUCCUCAUUCGGCCGCGACACACUCGAUUUCUCCGAGUACGAAAUCGCGGGUCGAGUCCCCGGAGAGUACCGUGAAUUUCACGAAAAACGAAGGGUACACGGACGAAUCGAAAUUGGACGGUUUCCCACACGAGGAGGACCAGGUCGAAAGGGACAUGGAGGAGGACAUCGAAGAUGAUUGCGACUCGCAGGUGCUGGAGGAUCUGAGGCGACAGAAGGCCGACUCGUUGGCGUACGAGUCCGACUACUUUCACAGGCAGAACACGGGGAAUCCGGAGGAUCGGGGAACACCUCUGGAGAGCACGAAGAACCAGGCCCAGUGGAUCAGCUCGAGCAGGAACAGCGAGGCUCAAGCGAAAUGCAAAUAUCAGGAUGUAGAACACUUCGACGAGCAAGUCCUGGAGGAGCUACGCACCCGGGGCACCGUUGUUUCCCCGCAGCCGAGUGGAAUUCCGUGUUCCCCGGCGUCCAGGAGGCCCUCGUCCGCGUACCUCGAGAGGUUGCUACCUAGUCCCCCGUGUUCGGUGUCCUGUUCCGAGGACGCGAAGAACGAUAUAACAUUGAAAGGUAUUCUGUCGUCCCCUAACCAGCUGGAGGUGAGAAACUACGAGAAGCAGAAAGAGAUAUCGAAUCGUUGCGAUCAGAUACCGAGCGAGCAUCAUACCAUUCGGCUGGAUCAGCCGAGGGAUGCCGAGAAGUCGGGCGCACGAAAGGGGAACAGAAGCUUCCAUGACCGAUUGACCGUUCACAAUCAAGAAAUGAGAAACUCCGGCAGACCGAUGUCCAGCGGUGACAUUCACAGCACCUAUUUGAUGUUGGAUCGUGGCGCGCCAAAGAGGCCAAUGUCCGCCGAAUGGUCGAACGGCAGACAGAAGAAUCAGUCGGGUAUUUAUCAAAAAUCUACGGAAAAACAUCGUGGACACGCGAUGGAUGAAGUAGCGACCUCAAGUAGUACGGAUAAGCUUCUCGAUCCUGCUAGUCAGCUCAGAGAGUUGAUCGAGGCUUCUGGACACUUGAUACCGGAUCCUCUUCUGGUACCCAGGGACUAUUUGCCAGGACUCGCAGCUGCCCCAGCUACAGAGAUCCCGAAAUUACUGGCCUCCAGGCCGGAGCUUAGACUACCGGAGGCGUUGACCAGACCGGAUCUACUGAGGGAUCCGGAUUUAUUGGUAAUAUCACUGGCUCAUCUUCAGCACGUUCUGGACCACGGCGAGGGCCCGGUAUCCAGAUCACGACAGUCCCAUCCGAGGCUUAGCAUCGGGGCGAACAAAGGGUCCGGUCACGCGAACAACGGGGCGAGAAACGGAUCGCACACGAGACCGAAACUAAGCUGCAAACCGAUCGGCACGCUAAUGCCGGCGCCGAUCGAUCUGUCCAGCAGUCGACGAACCAGUCCUUAUCCGCCGUUGCUUAGGGUGCGAAGCGGAUUACUUAAGCAGGAACCGGAAGUCAGCUCUACGGCCAGCUCGCCCGAUGACUCGCAACUCUGGCAUCCUCUAUUCGGCAGUCAGAAGAGGCAGCAACAGCAGUACCACCAUCAACAGCAGCACCAGCAACAGCAUCAGCAUCAGCACCAGCACGCCUCCUGGCACAGGACCACCUUAGCGUCCUGACCACGGUGACCGUGACCCUGGCCGCAAACCGAGCAAUAGUCCUGGUGUUCCAGGGUGAAAGGGUUCCAGCUGGCGAGAAAAUACGUACCAGCGCGAUUCCUCUCGCGGCCCGGUCGCGAAACGAUAUCUGCAACCACCAAUCAGGAGA